AUGCCAACCUGCCUGGGUAGCCAGGAUGCCUGAGGCUUGGCUUGGAGAACCAGCCAGGCAGACGUCAGAGCAGGAGGAGCUGUCCUCCGUGUCUCCACUCAGGUCCACAACAUGGCAGUGGGAGUUGCCAGAGCCAUCCUGCUGGGCCUUUUUGGGCCUGUCCUCUGCCUGACCGAUGUCCAGACUUCUGAGUCCAGUGGGUCCCAGGCCCGGCAGUGCUACAGCUUCCAACACAUCUACUUCGGGCCCUUUGACCUCAGUAAUGUGAACUUCAGCAAUGUCUCCUGUCCGCAGGGAUGCUCUGAGGCUGUCUUGUCCCUGAACACUGGGUACCGCUCCUCAGUGACCUUGGUACAGAAGGGCUGCUGGGGAGGCCCGCUUACGGGCCAGAUGCUGUCGAAUGACAAGUCGCUGCCGCCUGACUACUCGGUGGUGCGCCGCUGUGCCACCGACCUGUGCAACACGAACCUCCAGAGCCACGACUCCCUCCCCAAUCUGAGCCCAGCGCCCAACCCGCCGACGCUCAGCGGCACCGAAUGUUACGCCUGCGUGGGGAUCCACCCAGAGGACUGCACUCCGGAGAAGUCCCGGCGGGUCCAGUGUCACCAGGACCAGAGCGUCUGCUUCCAGGGCAAUGGACGAAUGACCCUUGGCAAUUUCUCAGCCGCUGUGUACGUCCGAACCUGCCAACGGCCCUCCUGCACCAUCAAGGGCACCACCAGCCCCUGGACAGACAUCGACUUGCAGGGCUCCUGCUGUGAGGGGGACCUCUGCAACAGGGACUCCCUGACCCAGCCCUUCACCAGCGCCUCGGACACCGCCGCUCCCCGGGCGCCCCAUGUCACGGGCCUGCUCCUCAUGGUCUCCCUGCUGGGUGGCGCUCUGGGAGGACCCCUUGGGCUCUCCUCAUAG